CACAAAGGCAAAGAGAAGAACAGGCAGUCCAGCAGAGGACACAUAGUGGAGUUCCUGUACAUUUGACUUUUUUAAAAAGAAAGAGAACAUUUAGUGUCUCAGAGGCAGAAACCAGGCUCUGAAGUCAAAACCACAAGGCAAUGACUGCGUGCAUCUUCAUACGAGGGGGGAAGAUUGAGAGAGAAUUGGCAGAUGAGGAGAUUGAAGAGCUUCGUGAGGCAUUUGAAGAGUUUGAUAAGGAUAAGGAUGGACUGAUCAGCUGUAAAGAUCUAGGCAACCUGAUGAGAACCAUGGGUUACAUGCCUACGGAGAUGGAGCUGAUUGAACUGGGCCAGAAUAUCAAUAUGAACUUGGGUGGACAGGUGGAUUUCGAAGACUUUGUGGAACUCAUGGCACCAAAACUCCUCGCUGAAACAGCUGGAAUGAUUGGCAUAAAAGAACUGAGGGAUGCCUUUAAACAGUUUGACAUUGAUGGUGAUGGAGAGAUCACGACAGAAGAGCUGAAGUUAGCUAUGAAUAAGCUGUUGGGGGAAAACAUGAGUCACAAAGAGAUUGACUCAGUGGUCAGAGAGGUCGAUAACAAUGGGGAUGGAACUGUAGAUUUUGAAGAGUUCGUGAAAAUGAUGUCAAGCUGCUGAGACAGGUGCAGACAAGGGAAGUGAUGGUGUACAAUGACAGAUUUCUACUUUCUCCUCAGUAAAUUUCUCUAACUUCAUUUCUCAGUAAUCACAGGUAGGAUUUGUAUAAUCGUGUAAUUGGAGCUAAACAAUCAGUUCAUCUGUAAUGUGUAAUCUAUCUGUUACUAUGUAAAUGUUGCAUUAAUCAUGAGAGAUUAUAUUGUGAAGGCAAGCUAUUACCAUUUAAAUAGCUUCUAUCAUAAGACUUAUCAUGCUAUCAACCUUUUAGAGAUGAAGUAAAGCUUUCCCUACAUUCCUUGAAUUAGGCUUUUUGCUAUAAAUAAAAAAAAAUAUUGAUUGGUUUAAGUUUGCCUUUGCGCUAGAUCUUUUCCUGUUGUAAAUAUUCCAUUUCAUUAAAUUUUAUUUAAACUUGGUUUAUACUUAUUGAAGAACUGGAAGCUUUCUUUUGUCAGACUAUGUAUUUAGAUAAGCAAUUGCACUUUACUUAAAUUAAGAAUGAUCUAUGCAUUAAUAUACACCAAAACCAUAUACAUUAAUUAACUGAUAGGUUUACAGUAUACACUGUACAUACACUGCGGCAAAAGGAAACAAAACAUGUAUCUGUAUACAGACUCUUAAUGCUGACUGUUUGAUUGCUGUCAUUCUCAAUCAUCUGCAAAGAAAAGGAAUUGUUUUUGUAUUUCCUUACAGCGCACUAAUUUAUGAGCAUCAUAUUCACUGAAUCUAUGCUCUUAACCAAGAUUUUCACUCCUAUUUGCUGCUGUCUUUUGCUAUAAGGAUAAAUCCAGAUGUUAGGCAUUACUAUUAUAUUCCUAUUGAGCAGAUUUUUCUGCCAUCUGUGCCCCUAUAAUUAUCCCCAAAGUCUCUGAAUUCAUAGUUUAAGUUAUUCCUUUACAUUCUCCCUGAUGUGUGUUUGCAAAGCUAUAAAUAUAACUAUAUACAUUUUCAGCUAUAACAAAAGUUUUAAAGAUGGUUGUUUUUUGUGCAUAAAAAAAAAAAAUCAUGUUAUGCAAUGAUAAAGUUUGUGUAUAUGACGCUCUCUUAAAAUGAUACAGUAUUGUAUAUUAGACAUUUUAAUAAAUAUAAACUGUUUUAAAAUUGCUUCUAUCUUUAAGCAAGGCUUUAUAUUGGUUUGCUUUAAAUAUAGUUACACUACGUUUUAAAGCAUCAAGUCACAAAGCCAGUAGAAGAAAUCGGGUUUGCUAUCUUCACCAAAUAGGUAAUGCUAGUUACAUAUGUAACUAAAAGAGCUUCUGUAAGGGUCUAUUUCACAUGUGCUAACUGCUAGGACAGAAUGUAAUCUGAGUACAUAUGGGAUUUCAUGAAUAGGGGCAUAUAACAGUAUGGACUGAAUGUAAAUUUGGUUUCCAAACAUCUGUAGUGUCUUACCUUCCCAGCCAGUGUAUUACCACCCCAACAAAUGCACAGUUAAUCUAAGUAUUGGAUGGUUGCAGUUUGGGGCAAUUUACACUUUUUGCCACGUAUCAAGCCCAGCAUUGUAUUCUCUGCAGACUCUCCUUCAGUGAAAUUCAAUGUUGUAAUUUCCAAGGUUGGGUGACAUAACAUUGGACAUAUCAGACUCAUCUGGCUACCAAUGUGUGUGGAGUGAACUUUUAGCCAGAGCAGAAAGCAACUGCAUGGUUGUACACACAUUUCAGCUCAACC